AAGCGGCUGGAGAGAGGGGGAUCGCGAGAGAAGACCAAAUGAUGGCUUUUUGUCGUUUUGCUGCCCCAUUGCUGUUGGCUGGGCUCUGCUGCGGAUGGGAUUUCCCCUUCAGGGAUCCCACAUUGUCUUGGGAGGAACGAGUGGACGACCUGGUUAACAGGCUGACCCCGAAGGAGAUGAUCCUGCAGAUGGCGAGAGGCGGAGCUCAGGGCAAUGGGCCGGCCCCACCUAUUGAGCGUUUGGGCAUUGGGCCCUACAACUGGAACACGGAAUGUCUUCGUGGAGAUGCAGAAGCACAAGGCUGGGCAACAUCUUUUCCUCAAGCACUUGGCUUGGCUGCCUCUUUCAACCCUCAACUCAUCUUCGAAGUGGCCAACGCUACGGCCACUGAGGUCCGCGCCAAGCACAACUAUUUUGACUCCGUCGGCUAUUAUAAUGACCAUACUGGCUUAAGCUGCUUCAGCCCAGUCUUGAACAUUAUGCGGCACCCACUCUGGGGCAGGAACCAGGAGACUUAUGGGGAGGACCCAUUCUUGACCACCCAGCUGGGAACUGCAUUUGUGAAGGGGCUGCAGGGUGACCAUCCCCGUUACAUCAAAGCUAAUGCUGGCUGCAAGCAUUUUGAUGUCCAUGGGGGUCCUGAGAAUAUCCCUGUAUCCCGGUUUUUCUUUGAUGCCAAGGUGGAAGAACGUGAUUGGCGCAUGACUUUCCUGCCUCAGUUUGAGGCCUGCGUGCGAGCCGGGACAUUCAGCUUCAUGUGCAGCUAUAACAGAAUUAAUGGAGUCCCGGCCUGUGCUAACAAGAAGCUGCUGACCGACAUCCUCCGAGACGAAUGGGGCUUCCAGGGUUAUGUGGUGAGCGAUGAAGGUGCCGUGGAGCUGAUCAUGGGUGGGCACCGCUACACGCACAGUUUCCUGGAGACGGCAAUUGUGGCUGUGAACGCCGGAUGUAAUCUAGAGCUUUCUUACGGGAUGAAGAAUAAUGUUUACAUGCACAUAGCCGAAGCCCUUAGCAAGGGCAACAUUUCUUUGGAAAUGAUCCGGGAUCGUGUCCGCCCCCUUUUCCUCACUCGUCUGCGCCUGGGUGAAUUUGACCCACCAGCCAUGAACCCCUAUAAUGCACUGGGGGCUGAGGUUAUACAGUCAGAAGCCCACCGCAGUCUGGCCCUCAAAGCCGCCCUCCAGAGUUUUGUUUUGCUGAAAAACCGGAACGAAAUGCUGCCUUUCAAAGGAGAAGACCUACUGCACAAGACCAUUGCGGUGGUUGGACCCUUUGCAGACAAGGCUAAUCUCCUCUUUGGGGAUUAUGCACCAGUCCCUGAACCCCAAUACAUUUAUACACCCAGGAGGGGCUUAGCAGCUAUCUCAGCAAAUGUCACCUCUGCUCUUGGAUGCGAGCAUCCGAGGUGUCUCCAGUAUUAUCCCAAAGAUGUGAAAGCUGCAAUCGAAGGAGCAGACGUUGUGAUCGUGUGCCUUGGGACAGGAGCUGAUCUGGAAUCUGAAUCCAAUGAUCGCAACAAUUUGUCUUUGCCCACACAUCAAAUGGACCUUCUGCAGUCUUCUGUGGCCUGGGCCGCUGGCCGCCCUGUGGUUCUGCUCCUGUUCAACGCUGGCCCGCUGGAUAUAAGCUGGGCCAAGGAAGAGGAUGCCGUGGGGGCAAUCGUGGCUUGUUUCUUUCCCGCUGAGAGCACAGGGCUGGCUGUGGCCAAGAUGCUGGUGGGUGCUGAAGGGGCAAAUCCCGCUGGCAGGUUGCCUGCUACGUGGCCAGCAGGAAUGCACCAG